GUUAUGCACCGGAAAUUACAUAAUAUUAAUGCAAAACAAUAACCACGGAAAUGCAAAUCGUCAGGAAGACCGUAAAUAAAUCAAGUAUGAUUAUUGCAGCGUGUUUUGAAGGUGUUCAAGAAGAAAUUGAAGCAAUCGCCUAGCAAUGCGUGCGAUUACGGCGCCAUCUGCAGUGACGUCCGUUCAUUAUCAGUGCUGUGCGCCACGAUUGGCCGUCGUUCCCGUCCGUAUGUGCUGAAUUUUCAUCGAAAACGUCGGGAUUAAAUUGCGAUUUCCACCUGAACGGCAUCCAUCCGCGAGAAAAACGAGCCGGGCGACCUGUGAUUCAUCUCGUACAGGUAAUUUCGUUUUCGAGCGCAAUAAUCGCCGAUACGAAUUGUCAUGGCGUCCAUUGUCGGCGACCAAUGAGCGUGCGCGCUGCGAGCGUUGUCCGCCGCAUCGCCGUUCGUGCAGCGUCAGUGUGGUUGAGUGUGAGAUUAGCGCAGCGCGUCCGUUAAUGGCGUAGACAACCCGCCUAAGACGAGGCGCACAUUCAUAGCCGAAGGCCGCACGCGACCCUCGUGCGGAAAACGUCUCGCCAGAGUAACCAACGGUGCAUUCGUGCGAAUUUUCUCAGUCGAUCAGAGAGCGGUCACGUGACGCCGCCAAAUCGAACGCGGCGGCAACGAGUUGCAUGGUAAAAUGAGCACCGCGAUCAGCACGCAUUUUUGACAUUCGUGUGUUUGUAAAUAAAGAGCGCCGCACGUGAGUGACUUGAUGGUCGUUGUCAGGGCGACGACGACGACGCGGUGGUAAUGUCGGCGCGCGGCUCCAAGAAGCGCGGCCGCCCUCCGAAGGUGCAGGUGCCGGAGCGCACCACCAAGAAGUUCCAAUAUCAACUGCUCAAAAAGCCGAAAUAUCUACAGAACCUCAAUCGCGGUUCUGACUCACCAUUGAGCACACCGUCAGCUUCACGCGCAUCAUCACCGCAGGUGGAAGCGCCGCGUCGAACACGAGGCACGCGUUCCAGAGGCAAAAAACGCGCGGCCACAACACCCGGAGGUGGUGCGUAUCAACGCCGUGGGUAUAAUCCACAAGCAAGUGAGUACCACGAGUCUGAAUAUCACUAUGGAUCAGACUUCGGUGAUGAUUCUUCGGAGAAAUCCGAGCCGGAGGAUGAGGUCGUGGUCUCGGCGUCGGAUAGUGAAAUAUCCGUCGCUGAUCAAUCGACGGACAGCGAUUUCUCGCUUAGUAGCUUUAGCACGGUGAGUGGUACACCACGGCGGCCACGGCCUCCAACACCCGAACCGCUGUGGCUGCAAAACAAACCGAUACCUCCGCUAGAUCUACAAAGCUCCGAUGAUUUACUCGUGCCACGUAACGAGAUUAUGCCGGUGGUGAGCAUCUAUGAAGUGCUGCGGCAUUUCAGAAACCUGGUGCGUCUUUCUCCGUUUCGGCUGGAAGACUUUUGCGCGGCUAUUAUGUGCGAGGAUCAGAGCAAUCUCUUUGCCGAGGUGCACAUUAUGCUAUUGAAGGCUCUCUUCAGAGAGGAAGACUCUCAGCAGACACACUUUGCACCACUUGAUCAAAAAGACAGUGUGAAUAUAUCUCUGUAUCUUUUGGAUUAUGUGACUUGGCCGGAGGUGCUCCGUUCGUACGUUGAGAGUGACUCUAGUUUUGACGUGACAGUGUUGAACAUUUUGAACACCACAGACUAUCCUUACACUAGUUUGGAGAAUAAAAUCACGGUGAUGCGCUUUCUAACUGAUCAGUUUCUGACGACGAAUCCAGUGCGGGAAGAUUUAAUAAGUGAAGUACCGAUGCAUUAUGACGAUCACUGUCGAGUAUGUCAUAAACUCGGCGACCUGCUAUGCUGCGAAACUUGCCCGGCCGUAUUCCAUCUCGAAUGUGUCGACCCGCCGUUGGUUGACGUGCCUGUCGAGGACUGGCAGUGUAAUAUAUGUCGCUCACAUCGCGUCAGUGGUGUGGUCGAUUGCGUGUUGGACGUGGAGAAACAGGGACAAUUGUGUCGGCAGGAGCAGCUCGGCUUUGACCGCUUUGGAAGAAAGUAUUACUUUUUAUGUCGACGGAUAUUUAUUGAAAAUGAAGAAAAUGAUGUGUGGUAUUAUACGACCACAACGCAAUUUGAUGAACUACUCAACGUGCUCGAUUCGGAAGAAAUGGAGGCUGAUUUAUGCAGAGAACUCAACGAUUUCAAGGAUGAAAUCAUUCGUCAAAUGGAACUUACCGAAAAGUUAACCAAUCAGUUUAAGGGCAACAAGAAGACUUAUCUGGAACAGGAAAAUCAAGCUAUUCUUAAGUCUCGGAGAGAAGCUGAUGAAGAAAAAACCGAAGAGGAUAAAGAGUUUGAAGAAACCAAAGAAGUUGUGACCACCACUACUACCACUACCGAAAUAACUACCACGACAACCACAACAACAAUCCGAGGUGAAGACUCCAAUGAUUCAUCAGGUGAUAAAGAGAAAGACAUUGUGACAAGGUCUAAGACUGGUUCACUCACACCGCGCACAUUUAAUAUCGAUGAAAUCCGCAAGAGAUCAAACUCGAUUCUGAACAAAGAUGCACUCGGCAAUGAUGAAAGAAUAACGCGAUUAAAGUCUCUCCAGAUCGCGAACGGUACGUUUAUGUAUAAGCUCGGUAUGGAAAAUCAGUUUAAGGGUUACGUGAAUCAAUUCACAACGAAUAUCAUCGCGUUGAAUAAACCUCAGCGAAAUGAAGAGCGCGAUAAGAAGCGACAUUUGAGUCAUAAGUUCUCGUUGACGACCGCGUCGGACUUCAAAUGGGCUGGGGUAACGACGGGUAAUAAAACAGCGUUACUGCAAACGCUACGACAGACGCUUGUACAACUGGAGCAGGCUAUACAGGCUCCAUUUAUGCACCCCAACUGGCCGCUGUUGAAGAAAACUUGGCUGGGUGUGGUGAAUCAAUGCCAACAUGCGAAGGACUUUGCGAAAGCGCUAAUUGUUUUGCAGGCUUGUAUCAAGCCGUGUAUGUUUGCAAAUGUGUGGCAUGAUCAAUUAGGACAUAUUAAACUUGUGAGGGUUACAGCCGCCGAACGUGAAGAGCGCAAAAAGGUUGAGAAACGAGAGAAGAAAGAGCGCGAAGAGGAAGAGGAACGAAAUAGAUUGAUUAUUUCUAGUUAUGUUAAGUAUACAAUGAGUUUUAAGCAUCAAUUGUGGAAGCAGAAGGGGGAAGAGUAUCGCAUCCAUGGUCGUUGGGGAUGGUUGUGGUAUUCGACGGCGCGGAUGGUGAAUUUCGUUAAUUCUAAAGAGUGUGGACUCGCGGCAGGACCGCUGAAGACCAUGGUUCAGGUGCGAACGAAAGACGGCUUGAAACUCAUCGCUGUCGAUAAAGAAAUGUAUAAUCACCUCAAGAAAAAUUUUGAGAUUGAUGAUGGCGGUAUUAAAGACGAAAUUAAGUUGGAAGAUGAUGCAAUGGACAUUGAAGAAGAUACGACCAUGCAAGGUGAUGAUGUUAUUCCUGCAGUAUUAAAAGAUUUAAAAAUUGUACGACCAGUGAAAUAUUUUGAAGAAAUUGAUGUCAGCAAAGCAUUAACUGCGUCGGGCCGACUUUUAUAUCCAAAGAUAGCGAAAAAGUCGAGUCUUGACGAGUUGCUCACACGGAGAAUUCAUCUGCGGGCAAUCGAAGAGAGGAAAAUCGCUCAGGCGAAGUCGGAAAGUCAGACCACCGAUUCGACUGAUACCAAUGAGGACGUUGAUGUGGAAUCAACAGAUAAUCCAGUGAAUAAUACAUCAACGUCGCAAGCGCCCGCGACACCAGUCAGUAAAGAAAUGCUCAAUAACAUCGCGAAGAAAAUUCAACAGUUGAGACUUCACUAUACUGCAAUUUCAAAGUUUGGGAAGGAGUUUCAGUGUUAUUCGAAGGGUUGCAAUUCCAACAAUGUCGCAUCAAGUUGUUACUCGCCGAUUUGUGUUCAAAGGAAUAAAGUUCGUAAAGAGCUGCUGUUUCUGCUGCGGAAGGCGAAUGUACAUACGAAUCAAAAAUUGGGAUUGACUCUCAAUACAGCAAAUAAUGGUAGUAAUAUUAAGACGACUUCAAUUCUGGAGGCUAAGCUGACGGAACCUUCGAGCACGUCAGCGACGAGUGGUGAAUUAGCGAAAGUUGGUGCUUCCGAAAAGGAUGUGGACGCAGCUGACAAUGAAGCUACUUUACGAAGCAAUUUAGUUACCACUCUUUUACAAGCGACUGUUUGUGAUGAUCAGGUUUAUGCAGGUAUGAUCCCAAUGGAGAAUCCUCCUUUCAUCAAAGACGAACCUUUCGAUGCUGAUGAUUGGAAUGAACUGGUAGCUUCCAAUCAAAUUGCAGCCGAGCGCGAAGAUGUUAAAAAUGUAAAGAAGCCGAAGAAGCGCGACGUAGAAUUAUUGAGCGAUUCCGAGCAACAUCAAGAAGUUGACAUGGAAAUUGAUAUGACCCCUGAGGAUGUUAAGGAGAUGAUUCUUGGUGGUGGAAAUAGCAAGAGUAGUAAUAGUAGUUCCACGAGUAGCACUAGUAAUAAUGGUACUGGUAGGGCAACUAGAAGUAAAUCGAUUAUUACCACCACAACAACAACUACAGUCACUUCUACGACCACUUCAUCAAAAACACUAGUUGAUGGUGUUGUGAAAAAGGAGUCUGUUUCUGCGAAGAAAACCAAGGAGGAAACUAAUACAACCGUUUCAAAUGGUAGGACUAUUCAGACAUUGAAUGCCAAGUCCCAAACACAAUCACAUUCAACAUACCACGCAGCUUGGAAUCGAAGAUUCUGCGCAAUGAAAAGCGCGAGACGCGAAGAGAGUACAGUAAAGUCUGAAACCACCGUUGAUGGCUUUGAACGUGUUUACUCCUCGACCAAAACUCAGGGUAAAGUUUACCUGAAACGGAUUACCAUUAUAGGAGCUGAUAAAAAGAAGAAGAAGGGUGCUGUGAAGUAUCCACAGUGUUCCACCUUCAAAACUGUGAAAAAUUUCCGCUCACUUUUUGUAUUACCCAAACACGAGUCUAAGAAACUAGCUCGCAAUGCAGGUAGGAUUUAUAUCAAUGGUUUCAACGCGAUGGCAAAGAGCAAUAGCUUGGUAUGGCCUUAUCCUUGCGCUCGACCAUUAUUUAAAACUUGCUGGGUCUUCCGGACCGUGAACCUCAAAUCAAUCGCAACUGCCGCUUUACAGUUAAAAAUCCUCUGGGCGUGUUUACGUUGGGAUGAUAUGCAAGUAAAACCGCAGAAUCAAGAUGGUAAACAUCAAAUCACAACAGAGACUGAGAUUUUGAGCUUGGAGCUGUUGAAGCAUAGGCAUACUGGGCCGUUCAUGGAACGCACACAAUAUUUGAGGAGAAAGGUGGUGAUUCCUUUGGAGUUGCCGAAGACUGUAAGAGAAGUUACUUCCAUUAGAAGCGGAUUGCGGAAGAGGAAGAGGCCCGAGUCGCCGCAGAGUACAGAUCCGCAGGUUACCGAAGAAUGGGUGGAUGAGGAUAAGUUGGAGCUGUGGGAGAUUAAACAAUAUGGUGAAAAGUUGGAGAGGCAACAACAACAGGUAAUCACGCGUAGUCGGACUGGUAAUCUUCCUCCGGCACGGGUUAUUUCUGAAACUACGGAUGGGAUUUCACCGGCAAAAGUAUUGGUCACAUCUAAACAGGGUGCUGAAGACUUUAAAGAAAAGAUGGAGCAACAACUUCGGCUACAGAGAGCUGCACACCAACAAAAACGUGCGUUAGAGUUGAAGAAUGCUCAAGGACAAAUUAUUAAGAUUGGAGGUGCUGCUACACAAGCUGCUUCUACUGCACAAGCAACUACAACUAAAACAAUACAACCGAAAGUUACUCCAGAUGGUAAACUGCAAGUUGUGAAGAGUGUAAUGCCUGGUCAAGCUGGCAAGACUUUAACUUCACUUCUCACUGCAAAUAACACCGCUGGCGGUAAGCAGUUCACUGGAAGACGCAUUUUCAUGACCAAAGCCGCCGAUGGCACUACACGCGUCCUCACUGGAAGUCCACAAAUCAUUAAAGGCCCCGGUGGUAACCAAAUGAUCAAGUUACAACCCAAUCAACAAGUCGCCCAAACUGCCACAGCAACACCAACAGUUACUGCAGCACCGCAAACGCCGAAACAAGAAACUACGCCGCAAAGAGUACAAAUCAUGAGAACACCUGAUGGUCGGUUUACUGUGAAGGGUUUGAUGCCCGGUCAGCAAUUGGUGCAAAUGCCCGAUGGAAAAUUACAGGUGUUAAGUACUACCGUCUCGUCUGCUACUCCAACUGCGACAAGUUCUUCGGUUAAACCGACGGUAGCUGCGACGCCGACUUUGACUACGACAAUUGCCGCCAAUAAAAUUGUAAAGACUCCUACAGGAAAGGUCAUAUUACAAACGGUCGGCAACAAGUUGCCAACCAAUCUCACCACGCCGACUAAACAAAUCAUUAUCAAGCAAGCGGCGGUAACGCCUACUACGCCACAAACACAACAAAAGCUUGCCACCUCCAUUGUUGUUUCUGGCACGCCAAUGAUUCAACAGCAAGUUGUUACCACUAGUGCCAUUGGGCAACAACAACAACAGAUAAUUACGAAUCAAAUUGUGGUGAACAAUCAAAACCUGGCCGCGCAGAUUGCGCAGGGUAAAGUUCAGGUGGCCACUAUCAACGGUCAGCAAGUACUCAUUCGCCCUACGGGUAAUAAUCAAGCGCAGAUUGUCGCGCAGCUUACGCCAAGCGCGGUGACUACAUCGCAAGUAUCACCGCAGCAGCAGGUACAGCAGAUUACACAGCCAGUUGUACAACAGCAGGUGAUCACUACUGCAGCUAAACAGGUCGAACAACAAGCGCAACAACAGUCAGUUGCAGCUAAAGUAGACAAUUCCAUUGACCCAGCUACCAUGGAGCAUUUACUCGCUGGGCAACCGCCUGGUACGGUGAUAAAGUGCGUAACUGCUCAAGUGAUACAAACUCAGCAAGGGCCGCGAAUUGUUUUGCAAGGACUCCAGGGUGCUGAUUUUACUCCACAACAAUUGGCAGCUGUACAACAGCAGGUUAAACAACAACUACUUAAAGCCCAAGCAUCAACUGGCAAACAGGGAGUUUUGGGUCCAACGAAGAUUUACCUCGCGGUUCAACCGAAUCAGACCGAUGCGGGAGGAGCUGCCACAGUCGACGCCCCGCCUCCUUUGACACCGGUGGUGCAGAAUGUGCAGCAAGAGAUCCAACCGCAGCAGGUCGUGGAGCAACGUCAGGUGCUCGUCAAUGGGCAGCAGACGAACAGUGCACUGCUGCAGGCGAUGAAGACCAACAUGCUGGAGGGUACUAUGUCUGCCCAGACGGCGGUGCCACAACAACCUCAACCGCAGCAGCAGAUUGUCGCCUCGGCAACGACGGCGAUCGCGCCCGCUCUCGUGGAGAACAAGCAGUUUGUCGUCACGCCGGACUACAUUCAGCAAACUAUUCGAACGGCGUUGAAGCAGGAGAAUCUUAAUCCUGAGAUUGAAGAGAAGUUGCUCCAGCUGCAGAGGUACCAAGAAAAACAAAUGAAAAACGAUGAUACACCUUCAAUGGGCGGACGUACAGCCGGCGGCCAUAAUUCGAUGCGGAAUGUUACGCCCAUGAAUGUGGUACGGAAACGCCCAUUGAGUAUGUCACGCGGUGAUGAGGACGACGACGAAUGGGUCAUGGAUACUCCAAAACGGCCACGCCCCAGUCGCAAUCCUCUGGAAACCAUCAAACGAGACCAUGAUCAUCAUCAAAGUUCCGUGGAAAACGUGAUAAAACCUAUGAUUCCAUCCCGAAAUAAACGAGUUAUCGUGAAGGAGCUUACUCCUGAACAGCGGGCCACGUCUAUGAAGACCAAGGCGAUGGUCAGUUUGUUUAGACACAAGGAAAUCUUGAAGAAAGAUAUUCUACGGAAGCGCGCCCUGCUCGAGAAGGAACUCCAAGCUGAGAUUCAUAAGGAAGUUGCUGAUGAAGUGGCUGCCACGCGAGUUGAACAAGAUAGUGAUCGCAUAUCCAAGCCGGAUGAACCUACGCGAACUCCAUCGACGGGCAGUAGUCGUCGCAAAGCAAAUGCGGUGCCCCAACCAACGACGCCUGUGAUUGAGAAACCAUCGAACAAGUCAUCGCAUCGUCGUUCCGGUGGCCAUAAAAUGGCCGUAUCGCCCGGUAAAAAUAAGAAGGAGAAACUGUACUGCAUUUGUCGAACGCCAUACGACGAGACCAAAUUCUACGUGGGUUGCGACCUGUGUAACAAUUGGUUCCAUGGAGACUGCGUCGGAAUUACCGAGGAGGCUAGCAAAAACAUUUCUGAGUUUAUUUGUCGAGAGUGUAAGCAUGCGCGCGAGACUCAAGAAUUGUUUUGUUUGUGUCGCCAGCCAUAUGACGAAUCUCAGUUUUAUAUUUGCUGCGAUCGAUGUCAGGAUUGGUUCCAUGGGCGUUGCGUUGGCAUCUUGCAGUCGGAGGCUGAUAAUAUCGACGAGUACAUUUGUCCAAAUUGUCAGCGGAAUUCUUCUGUGAACUACGCGAAUAUGAAGGACCUUAGUAACAAGAAUUUCGACGAGUUGCGAAGAUUAAUCAAGCAAAUUCAGGCUCACAAAAGUGCAUGGCCGUUUGUGGAGCCUGUGGACCCGACCGAAGCUCCGGAUUACUACAAGGUCAUCAAAGAACCAAUGGAUUUACAAAAAAUUGAAAAUAAAAUCAACGAGCGAAUCUACAACAAGUUAAGCGAAUUCAUCGGCGACAUGACGAAGAUUUUCGACAACUGCCGCUAUUACAACCCCAAGGAGUCGCAGUUCUUCAAAUGCGCCGAAUCCCUGGAGGCAUACUUCGUCAACAAGAUAAAAUGUCUGCGGGAGAAAUUAUACGACAACUGAGUCGUUCGGUAGUUUUUACGAAAGCAUAGUAUGCAGAUCUCAAAUGAAAACCACACGAGUGGGUUAAUAAGGCAGGCAAAAAAUCAAUUAUUAUCACAGCGCUGAAUGAUUGUUCGGUAUGAAAUAUGCAGCAAUCUUCGAAACUUCUCUUCGCGUGCUCGGGGAGGCAAAUCAAAAUGGCGUCCAAGCUGCUUUCACAUAACGCUCGUGCACGCCCGAUGAGCAGCGUCUUUGUACAUAAAAUUUUCUGUAUUAUGAUGUGUAGGAGUUUUCUUUUUAAAUUAAUUUGUAGGUAAUUUUUUACAUAGUGCGUGCGGCACGGCGCGCGAUCGUUUUAUAUAUUAUCGAGCUCGAGCCUGUUUUUCACGUCACCUCAUGAUAAGUUCAUCCAACACUGAUUUUGAUAUCAUUAGAUGGAAAUCAUCUUUUGUGAUUUUUAUGUUGGUUAUCUUAUCGUUUACUCUUACAUUUAACUCGCAACAUUGUUGUCUUCAGAAAUUAAUUAGUUUUGUUUAGCGUUUGGCCAGUUCUGUCACUCGGAAUGCGAUGCCAUUUUUGUAUAUAAUUAUUCAUAAUACAGAUGUAUAAUUUCUCAUUCCUUUUCAACUAUUAAAUAAUUUAACAAAUA